AUGGCAAUCUCUCCCAGCCUCGUCGAGGAGCUCCUGGCCCAGACCAAGGCCGAUCCCCAGCUCCCGCGCGCCAACCCGACCACGUCGUUUUGGCAGAUGCCGCCGCACCCCAGCAUGUCGACCGUGCAGUCGGCCGAGCUGCCCGCGGCCGUCGACGUGGCCAUCAUAGGCUCUGGGGUGACGGGCUGCAGCGUGGCCAAACACUAUCUGGAGCACCCCGGGUCUGGGUCCGGGUCCGUCGCCGUCCUCGAGGCCCGGAACCUCACCAGCGGCGCCACCGGCCGCAACGGCGGCCUCCUGACCAACCAUGUGCCCGGCGACUACCGCCUGCUGAGCGAGCGCUUCGGCGACGACGAGGCCGUCAAGAUUGCCCGCUUCGCCAACCGGACCCUCGAGAAGAUGCACGCCCUCGGCAACUCGUCCGACGAGUUCCGCGAGGCCAGCGUCGUGCGUCGCCUGCUCGACGUCAUCUGCUUCGACGACGAGCCCUCCUUCACCCACGCCAGGGAGUCGUUUAAACUGUACGAGGAGCAUGUCCCGGAGGACCGCGGCAAGACGCGGUUCCUAACAGCCGACGAGGCCACCUCGACGUACCAGGUGGUGGCCAAGGCCGGUGCCAUUGUCUUCCCCAACGGCGCCUUCUGGCCCUACCGCCUCAUCACCAGGGUCUGGGCGCAGCUGUACGAGCAACACCGGUCGCGCCUCUCCAUCGAUACCAACACGCCCGUCACGGCCGUCACGCACGACCCGAGCCAUGCGACGCACCCGUACGUCCUCGACACCCCCCGCGGCGCCGUCAGGGCGGGCAGGGUCGUGCACGCGACCAACGGCUACACCGGCCACCUGCUGCCCGCGCUGCGAGGCAGGAUCUUUCCGCUCCGCGGCACCAUGUCGACGCAGGUCGCGCCGCCCGAAUUUGGCCGCCGCGGCCACGAGGUGUCGUGGAGCAUGGUCAACUCGGGCGUCUUCGACGCCGCUACCGACGUCCUCGAGGUGGGCCUGUACUACUCGAACCAGAAUCCCAAUACGGGCGACAUUUUCAUCGGCGGCGAGAAGGUCAAGCUCAACGAGCUGCUCGUCAGCGACGACACCGAGGUGCGCGCGCCCUGCCGCGACAACAUCGCCAAUGUCCUGCCGCGGUACCACACGCGCGGGUGGGCCGACGGUCAGGCGCCCGAGGUGAAAAAGGUCUGGUCGGGCAUCAUGGGCUUCACGGCGGACCGCCUGCCCCUCAUCGGGCGGCUGCCCCAGAGCACGACGCGCCGUGGCGGCGACGGAGAGUGGAUCGCGGCCGGCUUCAACGGCUUCGGCAUGCCGCUGUGCUGGUCGAGCGGCGAGGCCGUCGCCCGCCUCAUGCUGGGCGACGACGACGUCAACGAGUUCCUGCCGGACGUCUUCCUCGCGACAGAGGCGCGGCUCGAAGACGAGGCGCGCAUGGCCACUCGGACAGCCCUGGAGCUGCUCCUGAGCGGGCACCCAUAG